AUGGCUACCCUACUUGACUACUUUAAGAAAAUUCCGUCGAAAAAACCGACCAAAUCGUCUCCAGUCGCGGCUGAUACAGCAGAGGGAGUUAAAAGCACUUCUCCUCAAGAGAAAGCAAAGGUUUUAGCGCUAAAUUCAGAGAAGGAGAAUAAAAAAUUAAGCGCCAAAGUCGACAAGAAUUCGCACGUGCCAAAUGGUGGCUUAGCUCGCAAAGGGUUGGACAGCGACUCUCCCAAGCAAGAUUUAAAUCGUAAACGAGACAUUUCAGAUGAGGAUAGUGAUGAUGACGCUGUCACAGGAAGAAAAGUUAGUAUAUUUGAUAUAAGGAAGUUUAUUUAUGUACAUUAAUAUGUUUAAAUACGGUUUAAUUGAAUGUCAAUUAUUAAACAAUGGGGGGGGGGAGGGGCAGGAAUUAUGUUAAACUGGUGCUUUAUCUAAACCCCCUAGUGUGACCAACCUAUCCACUGAAAACAUCAAAGUAUAGCCAAGCUGUUUCACAUGUUAACAUGCACUGUGCCUCUUUCAGUUCAACAGUAAAAGACCAAAGCGUAAAGCAACUUCUUCGUCAAUUAAGCCGGUGCGUAAGAAGCAGAAAUCUGUGUUAGAGUCAGAUGACGAUGAUCAAGAUAUGGAGUCUGGUAAGUUGAAGGGACAAAUUGCGGGGGGGGGGGGAUGUGUCCCCCACAGGUUCCUACGCUCCUGCACUAAUUACUGUGCCACCCUCCCUGGGUUAGACUGUACAUUACAAUGACUGUAUUGCAACUGUGUUUCAGGAGAUGAAUAUAAACCUCCAGGAGAUGCAAGCUCUGAAGAAUUGUGUAGCAGUGGUGUGGAGGAGAUCGAGAGUGAAGGGGAAGCAAGUGAGGAGGAAAGUCCAACGGUACUACACGUUUCUUGCAUGUGCGACUUGAAACUAAAGCCCGGAUGAAACGAGGGCAGUCACAUGAUCUUGAUUAGCUGUUUUCCCAACACUAUAAUGUAUUCUAUUUAACCCUUUAAGUGGCAAUGUGCCUUACUUGACUAGUUUACUCUGUCUAACACCAGACAAGUUUACUUGUCAGGGGGAGAGUGCUGCCACUCAAUGGGUUCAAUUAAAACACAGUUGAAACAGCAAAUUUUGAUUUUGUUAAUCUUGAGCUUGAAAUGUCCAGGCUAUAACAAUGUGUGACUGCCGAAUCUCAUCAACUGUUGUCCUCAUAUUUUGACCGGGGCUUAAACGUGUAUGCACAAAUAAAUAAUGAUAAUAAAGUCAGGAUACUACUUGUACAACCAAGUCUGUGAAUAUUCUCUGUGGGAGGAAAUAUCAGGAGAAAGUGCACACUCGGGCUGUCCAAAAGUUUGCGGUAACCAAACCUGGGUUACAGCAAACUUUGUGUAGAGGUAGCCUAAUUUGGUUUCCCUAAAGUAAUGUAAGUCUGUAAGUUCUUAAUUCUAUAAUUAAUAACCAUGUUAACAGUUGAUAUUUAAAUUUUCUUUGUGUGUUCUGUAAUUUAAUUGGGUUGCUUUACAAUUCAUUUGGACAUAUAAAAUAAUAAAUUCUAAGUUCUUCUGACAAGUUUUUGUUUGGUAAACCCAGGUUACUGCAAAGCUGAUUUUGCAGUAACCCAAUUUGGUUUCUGAUGCUAGUAAUUUUGGACAGCCUGACACUUGCAAAACAUUGACUCACAGUGGAUGGUUUUCAUCUGAAGAAGCCUAACCAAUAAUCAUGCCUCAAAUCUCUUGAAUGAAAGUUGAAUUUCCAACCAAUUUCUCCUCUCUUUCAAAGAUUGCAAAGAAGAGGAAACGAGGAAAGAGCACAACAGCAAAUAAAACAAGCAAACCUCCCACAACUCCUUCACAUAAUUCAUCCCUUUCAUCACCAAGGACACCCAGCAGCGUACUCUCACCAUCCUUGACAAACAAACUUGCGAACAGUGUUGGGAAGGCAGCAUCCAUGUUGUCAAGAUUCCAGGCUGCCUCGUCACCUGCGACAGAAAAAUGUAACAUGGACGAUGUCAUUGUUUACACACACGAGAAAUUGGAGUGGUUAACAGAGCAAAAAAUAAG